UCAGUUUCCUACUAAAGGGAGGUGCCCGGCUAUAAAUUCACGACCGCUCAGUCCUACAGACUAGACUUCUCCAGCACGGCUCUGCUCUCCUCCUCCUCCUCCUCCUUUCUUCACACUCCUGCUCGAGAGACCCACCUCCACAGCAGCCAUGCCGUCAGACCUUGAAAAGGCUAUGGAGUCCCUGAUUCUGGUGUUCCACCGCUACGCAUCCAAAGAGGGGAACACCAACACUCUGAGCCGGCGCGAGCUCAGGGAGCUGAUGGAGAACGAGCUCUCCAACUUCCUCAGGUCUCAGAAAGACCCUGGCACAGUGGACAAGAUCAUGAGGGACCUGGACACAAAUCGAGAUGGAGAAGUGAGCUUUGAGGAGUUCGUGUCUUUAGUGGUCGGUCUGUCCAUCGCCUGCGAACAGUGCUACCAGUUACAUUUGAAGAAACUAGGAACACGCAAAUAAAGACGAACCACGAGGAGUAUUUUUUAAUUUUUCAUGCUGUAAUAAUGACGUCUUUAGAACUUUAAAACUGGAAGAAAAAAAAUGCAUUGUAUGUAUGUAUGUAUGUAUGUGUGUGUGUGUGUGUGUGUGUGUGUGUGUGUGUGUGUGUGUGUGUGUGUGUGUGUUAAUAAACAAGAAAAAGUAAGAAGGUUGGAUGAUACAUUGACAAACCCGUGUGCCGUUAUCUCUCAGUGCACAGGCUUAUAGGUUAAAGUCCAGUGGGGAAGUGGGCAAGGCAUGUCAUUUAUGAUGUUUUAAUCUUUGCCCUGCAUACUUCACUUUACAGCAUCCAACAAUAUUUCAGUCUUUUUAAGGUCUAUGGAAUGCUGUUCCUAACCCAGGUUUAAUUCUAGUUUAAAAGUCUUUAUACAAGAUGCCCAGAUCCGUGUUUAUUUAUCUUCUGCUUUAUAUUUUCUUCCUGAUCGAUCAAUAAAGUGAUUAAGUAGAA